GGCGGCGGCGGCGGGAUGAGCAGCCUCGUGGAGCGGCUGCGCGUGCGGUCGGACAAGCGGCCGCGCUACACACUCGACGAGUCCGACGACGACCUCCCGCCCCGCGGCGGGAACGGCAAGGGCAAGGACUGGCAAGACGACGCACCCGCCAAGCAGAUCGAGCGCGAGGAUCUGAAAGAAGAUGCUUGCCAGAAAUGUGGACUAAAUGAAAACCUUGUAUCUUGUUCAACAUGUACAUAUGCAUUUCACCGGAAAUGUUUGAUCCCUUGCCUAAAUAUCACAUCUGACAAAUGGAGUUGUCCUGAAUGUGUAAGCCCACUGACAGAGAUGGAGAAGAUAUUAGAUUGCGAAACUCUGGAGGUUGCUUCUGAAGAGACUAGUUCUUCGGAGUCUAGAUCAAAGAAAAAGCCUGUCAAGCGGUAUCUGAUAAAAUGGAAAGGAUUGUCACACAUUCACUGCACUUGGGUGCCAGAAGAUGAAUAUUUAGAAGCUGCAAAGAUACACCCUCGGUUGAAAACUAGAUUAAAUAACUUCAAUAGGCAGUUUGAGUCAAUUGAUAGAUCUGAUGAUGACUAUGUUCCAAUUAGGCCUGAGUGGACAACUGUUGACAGGGUCCUCGCUAGCAGAAAAAACUCUACUGGUGAAAAAGAAUACUACGUGAAAUGGAAGGAACUUUCAUACGAAGAAUGUACUUGGGAAAAUGAGUCUGACAUCUCAGUGUUCCAACCUCAGAUUGAGCGCUAUAGUGAAAUUCUGUCCAGACGCAAGAAGUCCACUGACAAGAGCAAGAGCGCCAUUCGCGAGAUGCGUCGUGUUGAUGGGACUCCCAAGUUUCUUUCUGGUGGCACACUGCAUCCUUAUCAGCUUGAAGGGUUAAACUUUCUGCGCUUUUCAUGGUCCAGUAAUAGACGUGUCAUCCUGGGAGAUGAGAUGGGUCUUGGGAAAACGAUACAAAGCAUUGCUUUUGUGGCCUCUGUGUCUGAAGACAAGUUUGGUCCUCAUCUGGUCGUUGCCCCCCUCUCAACCUUGCGAAAUUGGGAGCGUGAAUUUGCAACUUGGGCACCUCAAAUGAAUGUCCUGAUGUAUUUUGGAUCCGCAGCGUCGCGAGAUAUUAUCAAGAAGUAUGAAUUUUACUACUCCAAAGAUAAACCUAAUAAGGUGAAGAAAAAUAAAUCAUCUUCAUCUAAUGAUGAAAAGAAGCAGUCAAGAAUAAAGUUUGAUGUCCUUUUGACAUCUUAUGAGAUGAUUAACAUGGACUCGGCUGUUCUGAAAACUAUAGAAUGGGAAUGCAUGAUUGUGGAUGAGGGGCAUCGGUUGAAGAAUAAAGAUUCUAAGUUGUUUGGUCUACUUAAAGAUUAUCAUACUCAACAUCGUGUUCUCUUAACGGGGACGCCAGUUCAGAAUAACCUGGAUGAGCUUUUCAUGCUGAUGCACUUCCUCGAGGGAGAAACUUUUGGGAGUAUAUCUGAUCUCCAAGAGGAGUUUAAGGAUAUUAACCAAGACAAGCAAGUUGAGAAGCUCCAUGCGAUGCUGAAGCCACACCUUCUCCGGAGGUUCAAGAAAGAUGUUAUGAAGGAUCUUCCUCCAAAAAAGGAGCUGAUUUUAAGAGUCGAGCUGACAACCAAACAGAAAGAAUACUACAAGGCAAUUCUCACCAAGAAUUACACAGUGUUAUCUCGUCGCGGUGGUGGACAUGUUUCCCUUAUAAAUGUUGUAAUGGAGCUGCGCAAACUUUGUUGCCAUGGAUUCAUGACAGAUGAACCUGAUACUGAGCCCGAGAGCCCAGAAGAAGGUUUAAGGAGGCUUUUAGAUUCUUCUGGAAAGAUGCAACUGUUGGACAAGAUGAUGGUGAAGCUGAAAGAACAGGGCCACAGAGUCCUUAUCUAUUCACAGUUCCAGCAUAUGUUGGACCUACUGGAGGAUUAUUUAAGCUACAGGAAAUGGAGCUAUGAACGCAUUGAUGGCAAGAUAGGUGGUGCUGAAAGGCAGAUACGAAUAGAUCGCUACAAUGCCAAGAAUUCUACUAGGUUCUGCUUUCUUCUUUCUACCAGAGCUGGUGGCCUGGGUAUAAAUUUGGCAACGGCUGAUACUGUAAUUAUCUAUGACAGUGAUUGGAACCCACAUGCGGAUUUGCAAGCUAUGGCAAGAGCCCAUCGACUAGGGCAGACUAGCAAGGUUAUGAUAUAUAGACUUGUUAGUCGAGGCACAAUUGAGGAGAGAAUGAUGCAGCUUACAAAGAAAAAGAUGAUACUGGAGCACUUAGUUGUUGGUAAACUCACAAAGGGUAAUAAUGUCAAUCAGGAGGAAUUAGAUGAUAUUAUCCGGUAUGGGUCAAAAGAACUUUUUGACGAUGACAAUGAUGAAGCUGACAAGUCCCGCCAAAUACAUUAUGAUGAUGCCGCAAUAGAUAGGUUACUGGACCGUGACCAAGUCGAUGAGGAAGAAAUUUUGGAAGAUGAAGAAGAUGAUGAAUUUCUGAAAGGAUUCAAGGUUGCGAAUUUCGAGUACAUAGAUGAGGCAAAGGCUUUAGCAGCAAAAGAGGAGGCACGCAGAAAAGCUGAAGCUGAAGCCGCGUCCAAUAAAGCAAACUUUUGGGAAGAUUUAUUGAAAGACAGAUACGUUGCACCAGAAGUAGAAGAAGAUACUGCUAUGGGAAAAGGAAAAAGAAGCCGCAAACAGAUGGCUACUGCUGAUGAGGAUGACAUUACUGGCCUGCAUGACUUGAGUUCUGAAGACGAGGAUUACUCCUACGACAAUGAUGAUGUGUCGGAUAAUGACACAAAUGUACCUGCAAAUAUUACAGGGAGGAAGGGUCAAUAUUCCAAGAAAAAUUCACGUAAUGUGGAUUCACUCCCUUUGAUGGAGGGCGAAGGACGUGCUUUAAGAGUAUAUGGAUUCAAUCAAAUUCAACGAACACAAUUCCUACAGACACUCAUGAGGUAUGGUUUUCAAAACUAUGAUUGGAAAGAGUAUCUUCCUCGAUUGAAGGGGAAAAGUGCUGAGGAAAUUCAGAGAUAUGCUGAGCUAGUCAUGGUCCAUCUUGUAGAGGAUAUAAGUGAAUCAGGAACAUAUGCAGAUGGCGUGCCAAGGGAAAUGCGUAGUGAUGAGACAUUGGUCAGACUAGCUAAAAUAUCACUUGUGGAGGAGAAGGUGGCGGCCAUGGAACAAGGAAAAAUUACGAAACUCUUUCCCAGCUACUUGUUGCAUGAAUUUCCUGGUUUAUCUGGUGGAAGAAUAUGGAAAGGGGAACAUGAUCUACUGUUACUGAAAGCAUUAGUAAAGCAUGGUUAUGCCAGGUGGCAGUACAUAUCAGAUGACAGAGAGAAUGGGCUAUUUGAAGCUGCUCGACGAGAGCUGAAUCUUCCUUCUGCUAAUGAGUUGAUAAGUUCUCAGCCAAACAAUGAGGCAAACGGAAAUCUGGAAAGCCCACAGGAAGUCCAGGUGAACCCAACGAGCUUAUCUCAAUACAGGGACAUCCAGAGAAAGAUUGUUGAGUUUAUAAGGAAGCGAUACCAUAUUCUGGAGAAAUGCUUGGACAUUGAAUAUGCUGUGAUAAAAACAAAAACCCCUGUUCCUGAUGACCUUACUGAACAAAAUGUUUAUGGAGGACAAAGCCCAGCUGUUCCAGAUAUCAGUGAGGUGUUGAGAGAACUUCCUCCUCUUGUACCAAUCUCUGCCAAAGAAGUGGCUUCUGAUGGCACAGCUGAUCAGGCACAGUUUCCCCACCUUUACAACAAGAUGUGUGGUGUGCUUGAAGACAGUGGUGUGCGUGCACUCAAUUCGUUCUGUGGUGACAAAGCAGCUUCUUCAAGUCUAGUCAACAGCCUCCAUCAGCUUGAAAAAGUUUGUGAGGGUGUUGAUAGGAUCUUGAGAGUCCAAGAGAACGGCACCACCUCCAAAGAGGAAGUGGUUGAUGCCAGUGUCAAAGAAGCCACACCUCCAGGAGAUGCUGUCACGGAGGCAGUGAAUGGCGACCUGCCUUCGACUGUCAAGCCGGAGGACAAAAUGGAAGUGGAAGGUUGAUGUUUGGGAUGAAAACGAUAUGAGAACCCCCUUUGUUUUAGUUGCUAAACAACAGUCUCUAGUUUACAUUGUUGUAACUCGUAAGCUAGGCACCUAGGUCUAAUGACCUCCAGACCGAUCUCUAAGUUAUCAAAUUUUCCUUAGCUCCUGUCAUUUAGGCUUGUAUUAUAUUUGCAAGGUCGCCGCUUAUUGUUUUACUGUUCCUCCACACCGGAGGUCAGAGUGUGACGGUGAUGGAUGGGCAAUAGAUAUCUGUUUGGUGAUGAACAACCAAA